UAAAUAGCACACCAAUAAUUAAUUUAAUUAAUUAAUUACUGGAAUUAUUAUUAUUAGUUAGAGAAGAAGAAGAAGAAGAAAAAUGGUGGCAUCUUUUCCAUCUCAUCUGCAAAUUAUUAAUCCACACUUCAAUUUCAACAAGUCCAUGCUGUCGAGAAGGCAGAAUUCAGUUUCGGUCCGAUGUAGUAAGAAGAAUUUAUUAGGAGGAGAAAGCAAAAAUAACUACUACGAAUUGCUCGGAGUUUCUACGGAUGCGAGUCCACAAGAAAUCAAGGAUGCUUAUCGAAAACUGCAGAAGAUAUACCAUCCCGAUAUUGCAGGCGAAAAGGGUCACGAGAGUACUUUGAUGUUGAACAAAGUGUACGAGGUUUUGAUGAAAGAUGAUCUGCGAAAAGAGUACGAUUCGUCGAUUGGAAGAAUUAGUGUUGGGGUGUUUGGGAAAGAAGUCGAAGCCUUUGGCAGCACUUGGAACGGGCCGUCUAGACCUCAUGCUCUAUUCGUCGAUGAAAAUGCUUGCAUAGGUUGCAGACAAUGUGUGGAGCAGGCAGGGAACACAUUCACGAUGGACGAAGCGUUUGGAACUGCGCGUGUCAAAGUUCAAUACGGCGACGAUGAUGAAAAAAUAGAGAUAUCGGUUGAUUCGUGUCCAGUAAACUGCAUACAUUGGGUAGAUAAAGAAGACUUGGCUGUACUCGAGCACCUAAUCAAACCUCAACCUAAGGUGGGCUAUGGCAUAUACGGACAAGGUUGGGAAAGACCUGCAAAUGUGUUCAUGGCUGCUAAAUCCUUCAAAAAAGAAUCGAUCCCGAAACAAGAAAACCAACGAAACUACGCAAAAUCGGCAGAGGAAGAAACUCCUGCUCAGGCGAAGGCACGUGAAAAUGCGUACCGGGAACUGAAGAAGGGAAGCUUUGACAGCAUUUGGAGCUGGAUGAAGAAUGUAACUGGCCAAUGAGCAAAGAAGUGCAGAUGAUUUAAGUUUUUAUACAGUUAAAUAUGUAUAUAAUCGAUCUUCAGAUGCAGUUCCUGUACGAGAUAUUAGAAACCGUAUAUAAGUAGAAAGCUUUUACUACGUUCGUUUCAAUCAAAUGGAUGUUUUACA